UCGAUCGCGUCCGUGGAGCCAAGUUACCCCCAGGAAACCUGAAACUACAUACACUCGAGGAAGCAUACACGACUGAUAAUUGGAUAGUGAGAAUAUACAAAGUUAAACCAUUAGAUAACCUUGGCAGGACUUUACAACAGGCUGCUGCGUUUGGGGAGGGAAAGAAAAGAAGAGCAAAGAGCAAAAGACGAAGCGGGAAUAAUUAA